CCCAGUUUGCCCUGAGAGAGCUGCAGUGAUGGGGCGGUGAGGAUGCCGGAGCACGACCGUCCCGUUAAGACUUUUUACUACAUUCCUUAACUUCUCCGUUCACUUUUUUCACUAUCAUUUUGGGUCAACCUGUCUGGUGCCAUGUUGCGGGUCGCUGUACAGUCGGCUAAAAAUCUGCCCAAGAAGAAAGUUGGAACUCCUGAUCCUAUCGCCUCAGUCAGGUUUAAAGGUAAGUCUCAUUUUUUAAAAGCUCCAUAGAAGUUUUUUUAGUUGAGCUCGGUGAAAAACUUAAGUUUAGCCCCCAAAAUAGUCCUAAAUAAAUGGGAAAGAGUUUACUUUUAGUCAGAAGCCCUUUUUUUUUUUUGCAAGUUUGGCUGCCAGGCUAUGACCUCACUACUAAUGUGCCUGGUGUUGAAAGGUGGCCCCUGCAGCAAAACUAUAUCACAAUGAUCUUUUUAAAUCUUUUUUUUUUUUGCUCAUUCGCCUGAAGGUCAUUAUUCACAGUGUUGUACCUUUUAAAAAUAAAAAAAAAGUGAAAUUAAACAGCUAAAAGUUAUUGCUCAAUGUUAGACUCCAGCAACAUGUCACAGCAUUACCAAGCUGCAGAGAUAGUUAAGCAGGCACCUUGUUUGAACCUGUACUGAUAAUAUUAGGUCAGUCAUAUAAGGAAGCUUUUUCAUAGAGCAAAAGAGUAGUCUGAAAGCAUGUCUUCAGCUGCUGUAUUAACAUGAUAUCAAAUAUAGUGCUGUAUAAGAGAAAGGGUGGUGUUUGCCCCUGUAAAGGAAACAAUCCUGGCAUCCAGUACUGGUCACCCUCAGCUGUUUUCUCUGUCAUCAUCAUCACCCAUAGGUGUGGCAGCUUCUCUCUUUUCCUGCUUCCCUGUAAAAGCUAAAACACAGAACUAGAUAAUAGUAUCUCUUUCAAUAAGACAUGAGCAAAGAGAUGUUUGGGAAACCUCUGUUUUUCAACUAUUGUGCCAUCAUGUACUUUUUUGCACAAGUCUACUGUGCAGAAUGUGAAGAUAUUCUAUAUUUGAUAGGCUGUUUCAAAUCACUAAAAUUUUGUUGCAUAAAUAUCCUCAAAUAAUUUCACUUUCAGAUGAGAAGAAGAAAACAAAAUCGAUUGACAGUGAGGUGAACCCUGUAUGGAAUGAGGUAAACCUCCCUAACACACAUGCAAAUGCACACACGCACACAGUUGAACAUACAGAUAUGCCAGUUCCCCUGUUUAUUUUAUUUUUGAAUCAAACCAUUGAUUUACUUCCUACUUAUACUGUAUGUCCCUGUUCACACUACACUAGUAGACAUCACAUGUUAAGUGUAUACUGUGAUGAUUCUCAUAUGACUGUCACAGUAAAGCAUCCAGCAUAUCAAUAGAUGAUGUGGCUGAACUCUGGGAAUGCUAGAAACUUAACAUGUCCCAGCUUAGAUAAACUUUUGCUUCCCUGGACAAUAAAAAAUCAACAGGAGCGCCCUAACCUGUGGGGUUGUUUUCCCUUCAUAUUGUCUUGCAGGUGCUUGAUUUUGACCUAGAGGGCAUCCCACUGGACUCCAAUGCCUUCAUAGACGUGGUUGUGAAAGACUAUGAGACUAUUGGGAAAAAUAAGUAAGUGCAUUGGGGCCGCUGAGGCUGAGCUCCCUGUUAGCUUUGGCUUUUGUGUAACAGAGGGAUCUCAGUGAUGAAAGAGGAACUGCAUGCCUCACCUUUCUGAAUCACAGAGCAAAUAAUUCUUGUCUCAAUAAGGUCUUCUCAGGAAAUAGGUCUGUUCGGUUCAUCAGCAGGUAGCUCACGCUGCAAAAGUGUGUGUGUUGGAUUCUUCAGUUGUACGGAUGAAAAUUUUUUGGGUUGAGUUGUCAACACACAACUCGGGUGAUAGGAGCUUUUUAUGAAUCUGGUGUGCAGAAUAGAAGAUUGUCUGUGUCACACCCACUGACAAGGAUACAUAUCAUUAUAUUAAUGUUUUUGAUAUACAGGGAAAAAAAGGUUUCAUAGUAUCUCAGUGUUUGAGUUAUGCAGUUGGCUGCUGCUACCCCCUCACACCCUUCUUGCCAUGCUGGGACUUGCCGGGCUGUGUGGGAUGGCUGGUCCUGAUUGGGCAACAAUAGAUGGAUGAAUCGUUGUUUGUCUUCUUCCUCGCUCUCCUUACGGAAAAUGUGUGGCACUCUUUCACUCAGGACAGGAAAACCUCUUAAAGGAAAAUGCUUAUGUGGCAGAAAACUUGCCAGACUAUUGUGUGUGUAUCACAACUUUUUGUAUGAAUGCAAAAUGUGCAAAAGUUGCUCCAAAACAGGUCAAGGCUGAUGCUUCCAAAUAAAGCCAGAAUCACAUCUGGGACCACUCUACUCAAACCCCAGAGAAUGUCUCUCUUUCCGCAUCACUAAUUACAGCGAUCAAAGUCUUGUCUUUGAUAACAAAAACAGUCACUGAAAAGUGUAUCUGCCUGCAUUAUUUAUGACUAAAAACAUUAAAAAGAUAUACAUAGUUCUGGGUAAUAUGCUCUGCUCUGUAAGUUCCCCUCUUGCAUGGGACAGUCAUAACUGUGGGAGGAGCUGUUUCCAGCACACGAGUCCAUGUUAAAUUGAGUAAAGUUUUCCACUGGGCUGGCCCGUCUGACACACUGCCUAAAGAUCUACACAGGGGGAGCAGAAACAGGACGUCCCUCUCUCUGAAAAAUUUGUAUUACAGCUGCUGUUGUGGGUAAUCCCUGUUGUCGGAGCAACUACAUAGGGAACUAAAACGUGGUCAUCAGUGUUUUCUGAUUUAAUUAGAUUUCUGAGAGGAAUCACUCGGUCAUGGGUCAAAGUUUUAUUUGAUUAAACAGCAUCAUCCUCACCAUUAGGUCUGCGGACAGUGAGCCAAAAACUAACCAAAAAAACAUGAUUGAGUCUGAUUCUGUUUAUUUUAAAUUAUUCAGGAGAUUUGAAGAAGUGAAGCUGUUUAACAUACAACACGUAAUCUCUGAAAGUAUUUUAGAGAAGCCAGAAAAGACCAGAGCCACAGAACUGCAGCUGAUCUGCAUGAUAGCAGCCCUGUGGGGGUGUACUGCAGCCAGCUGUGAUUUAAGCUUAAUGCUAACAUCAGGAUACAAACAAACAAUUUCAAUGUUAAUAUUCUGCUGUUUUGCACUUAACACUGACGUCUGCACAAAGUACAGAUGCUUGUCAAGUUUCAUAGUAAUCAUUCAAAGUAAAUGAGUCACAGGACGCAAUGCUAGUCAGACAUUUAUCUUGGCAUUUUUGUGAAACUGGUUAAAAUUUAAUUGUUAUCUCCUGAUUUAAAGAGCUUUGCAUGUAACUGUGAUAGAGCUUUUUUAUAUAUACAAAUUGUGUGAUAAGGUUUUCUGUGCUAAGAUGCUGGGUGCUAUAAAAAAACAAAGUAAAACUCUUCUGGGAAUGAGGCCUGACAAAUCAUUUGACAUCUAAACCUCAGGGUAUGCAUUCAUUUCCUGUCUUAUCAACACAACGCCAGACAUCAGGGGCUUGAUCAGAAUAUUUCACCUACUUUCACCAGCUUUGUUUAUGGAAACAUCGCAGCCCUGCAGUGCUGAAAGUGGAGUCACAGUAAUAAUCAUGAGUCUGUGAUCGCUGGUGAAAGCGCUGGUGUGAGCUGUAUCAUCACACCCAUCCAUCCUCACAGAUCUGUGAGGAGAGAUGAAUUAUGAGUAAAAGGAGUGAUUAUUUAUUAAAAUGAAUCUCUGCCAAGAACCUCAUUUACAGGAAGUCACUCCUCCUCCUUCACUUCAGAGUUUUUUUGUUUUUUUUUGGAUUAGCCAAGUUUGAACUCCAUCAUACCAGGAGAUGUAGAGAGGCCAAAUUGUGAAACUUAUCACCUUAGCAGGUCUGUGUGUCAAUCAAUCAACUAGUCAGUCAGUUUUUACUUUAAUAGCACCAAGUUAUGUCAAUGCGCUAUCCAAGAAGAGCAGGUCCGGACUGUGCUCUUAAGAUAAAUUAAGGAGAACCCCAGCAUUAAUCCUCCAGUAGGAAACCAAACCAGAAGCAAAGAAAAAAAUUGUUUUAGCUGUGAGAAUCUUUAAGACAGAACUAACAAUAAAACUAAUGAAAGAUGAUACAGAUUAAUAAUUGCCUGGUAGUAAGAAUGAAAGCUGGGUAAUCACUGAUGAUUGUAGCAGUUCAAGCCAUGUAUGAACUGGAAUACUGUCACAAGUAAAGAAGGUAUCUGCCCCUCUGGACCUGGACUGGUAGAAAAAAGUUAGUCAAGAAGCCGCCCGUCUGUUGUUAGGAUGACUAUCAACAGCUUUAACACUGGGACUCAGUCAGCUGUGGUGGGAUGUUUCCCUGUGACUCAUCCUGUUUUGGUCAUUGCUCUGUGUGUUUGCAGGGGAAACAAUGAGAAAAUUUGUCAGUCAAAGCACAGCCGCUGUAUCCUGUUCAAAACUUACAGUGCUGAGCUGUAUUAACCGUGAAUUUUGUAAGGUAUUCAGACUGGUGUCACUCGUAGUCAGGGUUUAAUGUGUGACUUAAUCUGUUUUUUUAUUUGAAUGCUCUUAUCAAAAUCAGUCAAGCUUAAAACAGGAAAUUUGCAGUAUGUUAAAUAUUAAAGAAAGGAAAGCUUUAUGUAUGAAAACCUGAACAUAACCACCUUUCUGAAAAGUUUUGAGAGAGAUGUUUGCAGCUUUAGGCAUCUCCUAUCCACCCUUAUCCACCCUUAGCUAAAGCCUCUGAGAGAAACGAAAUCUAAAUCUUGUUCACAAGAUAUUUCAGGUCAUAUUUGAGCCGACAUACCAGGCUUGUAGAGUCACUGACUCCCAAGAGGUUCUCUGUGUCAGCCUCCUUCAGAGCACGCAGUUCAGCCAAAGGAAUUCUCCAUCAUUAAUGCAACCAACAAAAGUCCAUCCAGCUAAUUUGUACACAGACAAAAGUGACUGUUGCCCAAAAAGCAGCUGUCCAUGCUCAAGCAGUUUUAUAAAGAAUAUUCAAUUGAAUAAAGAUUUGUGUGAAUUCAUGCAAACUUGGACAGCUUUUUAAAUCAUGAUGGUUGGCUUGUUCUCACAUUCUUGUUUCCUCAUGAGUUUCUCCAUUCAGACCUGUAAAAAGCUGUUAUUACAGGGGAAAAACUAUGAAAAUCUGGGUCAAAUCCAAGUCUUGGCUGAGUCUUUAGUGAUGUCAUUUUUAUGUCCUCAGUAACAAACUGUUUCUGUCUCAAACUCAAAUCUUCUCUCAUGAACACUGCUAAAAAGUAAUGUGUCCACCCAAAGAACAAUACGUUUUACAUGAUGAGCUGCAUUGUAUCUGAAGUAACAUCACACUAUAUAGGUUUGGAUACAACACAGUGAAAUCUAAAAUGUCUUAGCAAGACAAACACAAAAGGCCAGAGACGAUAUCAAACAGCUUUGAGACCGACAAAUGAAGAUUCAAUUUUACUUUUAUAAAAAAGAAAAAUAAAAGAGUCCUUUGGCAACAGUAGGCAGGUUUUGAAUAGACGGAAACUUUCCACAUUAAGUUUUAUUUUAUUUUGGCCUUGAAUGCCACAGGAUCAGUCAGAGGAAUGAGUUGUAACAUUUCAAAGUCAAAGUCACGCACCUCUCACAUAAACCUUAGUUCAACUUAAUCUGCAUCCAAUUCUCACGUUCUGUGUGGUUCACCGUACAUUAAAAUACUAAUUAUCACCAAGGUAAUCUAUUAAAGUCAUAGUAAGCAAACACUUGGAAACAGUUUGACGUAUUUGCAGAAGUAAGCGGCUAUUGUUCACUUGGCUUAUUAAAUCAACAGUAGGGAAAGUAUUUUUCUGCCAGUAAGUUUUCAAGUCUGAUGGGAAGUCAGUGGUGGUUCUGUUGUUCAGAGUUGGUACUCAUAGACCUUCAGUUGGAAACAAAUAGGAGAUAUAGUUGUAGUCAGUCCUCCAUGCAAGAAGUCACAGAUGAUUGAAACACACCGUGAAUCAGCAGCUGGGAGCUUCUGUGCAGUGUUGACUGUAUGCCGCCUCAUGGGGUGCGUUUGUUUGUCAGAGCAGGCAGGGUUUGUUAGCUCUGGGUGGUGACCUUCUAUACUCCUCUUUUGUGAAUGUGACGUCUCUCAUACAGCGUCUAAUUUCUCUGUGGUCUGUAGUAUGACUAUUGAUGUGUGAGCUAGAUAGAAAUAGAGCUUGAGUUAUCCUUAAUAGACCGUACUUGCAGUGUCUGUUUUCUUCAUUCACCACACACUAUUUCUAGUCUUCCUCUAUUUCUUCUUUCAUGAUGUGAAGCGCUUUGUAACUCUGUUCAGAAAAGUACUACAUUAAAAAGUCUAUUACUACUAUUAGAAGCUACAGCUAAUGUUAACAUUCAGCCAACUCACCACAAAAAUAACCUUAAAAGUCAGCUAACAUUCCCGCAGCUCAAUGCUAACAUCACUUACCGUCAAAAACAGCCAAUGUUAACAAAUAUCUAGGUUACUGUUAGCUAUAGGAAAAAGUCCAUACAAAGUUUUAAGCAGUAAAAUCUCAUAAAAGUCACAAAAGUCUCAUAAAAAGUUUGUUUUGAAAACAACAACAAAAGAUACAAGUUGGUAACCAUCUCAAAUUUUUCUUUGCUGUGUAUUUUUCACAGAUUCCUUGGGUCAACCAAAAUCUCUUUGAGGGACCUUGCCACGGGUCAAGCCAGAUCGCUACCAUCCAAAAAUGUUCCUCUUGCCAACGAGAAUGGACAGGCUACUGGGGUAUGUUUCUGUCUAACCCCUUUAGACAUUUAUCCUCCUUUUGAAAGAAAUGGUUGACCAGCAUAUCAUUUCUUUCCAGGCUACAAUUGACCUCAUGGUUAGCUAUGAUCCGCCGGCCAAUGCUAACCCUAACCCCCAAGACCCUAACUCAGGAGACACUGCAGUGGAUGGUGGUAUGUUUCUGAAACACUUUCUAAUGAGGUCAAGAGUCAAAAGUUGGAUUGUUUUUGAUGGAGACUCAUGAUGUGUUUGAUCUCUGCUCAUCUUGGUUUUCUGCUGAUUAGGUGGAGGCGGUGAGGAGGGGGAUGAGACUCAAACAGACGGGGGCCCGAGAGGCUCUGGAGGGUCAGCAACAUCCCCAGGUCAGGCAGUAGGCCUCCGUAGGCGGCUGGCCAGGGCGCAGAACCGCCACCGACUGGUCAACAAACCCCAAGACUUUCAGGUCAGUCCAGCAGCAUUUUGAUAAUGACAUAAUUGAAUAUAAACGAGAAUCAACAGCAAAAACAACAUACUAUCCAGCAGAGAUGUUUUGUUGUUGCAAUUUUUGCAGAAAUGGAGGGAAUUAGAACACUGUUCUCUGAAAUCAUUCAAGUUUGUAAUGAAUCAAUCAGUGGUUGACCGUUAUUUGCAGUUAUCUUGCCCCUCUAUAAAACAUUUCCUUGUUUUAGAGCACUGCAAGCACAAGGUCAAGUAGACUUGUAUGAGUUUAAAACCAUUCAAUUUAGAAAAAGACCUUUUUUUUUAUUGACAAAUAAACGCCUGGCUGUAAAUGGUUAAAACUGAUCUUUUGUAAGUGUUCUCUUGGUAAAAUCACUCAAUAUGUGAGUGUGAUAUAUUGUUUUGUAAUUUACAUAGUGUACUAAACCAGUUGUACUUUGAGGGAUUAACACAUUUGUUAAAAUUUAACUGAAUUAAAUGGAAUAAAAUGGACCUGACUGAGAUGGGCUGAUGGAACGCAAAGGUUUGAAUUACAGUGGAAUGAAUCGAUUUGACUUAAACUUUCUUGAAUUGAACUCAUUUGAUUUUAAUUGUAUUGUACGAACUAAAUUAUACUGAGAUGAACUGCUCUCUUGAUGUCCUGAAUAACACACUCUUCUCAAUGCCACAUACUAUGUGUGUUUUAGAUCCGUGUUCGAAUCAUUGAAGCUCGUCAGUUGCCUGGCAACAACGUCAAACCAGUGGUGAAGGUCAGUGUGUGUGGAGACACCCACAGGACGAGGAUCAAGAGAGGAAACAACCCUUUCUUUGAUGAGGUACUCUCACUAGACUCAAGUUUUAUAUCUGUCCAAAAACAAUUUGAUGCGGUGUAGAGCUGAGUCUCCAAAAGUUUGUCCUCAGGGCUCCAGUUUCAAUAUGCUCCUUGUAUCCACAUGGAAACUUUGUCCUUGAUUUAAUUUUCUCUUUUUUUUGUAGAUGUUCUUCUACAAUGCCCAUAUGCUGCCAUCUGAUUUGUUUGAUAAGAACAUUAGCUUUAGGGUGAGUACACAUUUGUUGGUUCUAGGGUCUUAUCAGAAUGUUAAGAUACAGUGAAUAAUACUCGAACCGCUACACUUUUGUCCUCAGAUUUAUAACUCCUACUCUCUGAGGGCUGACAGUCUCAUGGGAGAAUUCAAGGUACCUGGCGUUGUUAUGUCUACAUAUGGUUAUCUAUAUUUAGCAGAGGAUGGCUAAUGCCUGUAAGUCUAAGUCUGACUGGUCUUUUUUGUUGUUCCACACAGUUGGACGUUGGGUAUGUUUAUGAUGAACCAGGUAAGCUUUUCACAUACCACAGAUUUGUUUGUCAUUUACAUUUGCUUACAGGAUGCUGGGUGUUAAGAACUAAGUGUUGAAGGGUGUAUUCUGGCCUUGUGCUUUCAUUUCAUUUCAUUUUAGAUUUGUAUUCUCAGAAGGGAACUGAGUUUUCUCUCUUUUCCAAAUGCCAUUGAGAUAAGGUCAUAAAAUAACUAUAUUGUAUAUGCAUACAAGAGGCAAAAAAUAUUCAAUGAAAUGUCAAGAAAUUCUUCAAUGAUUGUCUAAAAUAGAAGUCUUCUAGUUGUUAAUUCACUUUAUUUUAAAAUAGUUAGCUAAUGAGCUAUUAUCACUUCCUGAUAAUAACUGAUGUUCUUUGUGCUUCCCAUUGCAGCCCACUGUGUUCUGAGGAAGUGGCUUCUUCUGAAUGACCCAGAUGACUCCAACUCUGGGGCUAAAGGAUACCUCAAAGUUAGCCUCUUUGUCGUGGGGACUGGAGAUGAGCCUCCGGUAUGACUGAUAGACUACAGCCCUGCUUCUAUGUUGUAAUAAUAACGUGGCAUUUCUGCCCCCCGCCCCCUCUUGAUGGCACUUUUGUGUUCAUUCUGCCUCUCAUAGGUGGAGAAGAGGGAGGCUGAUGAUGAUCAGGAUGACAUUGAGAGUAAUCUGCUGCUGCCGGCUGGUGUGACUCUACGGUGGGCUACGCUGUCAAUGAAGGUGUUCAGAGCCGAGGACAUUCCCCAGAGUAAGACAAGAGCUCUGAUUGUUCUACAUUCACAAUAAAUCAUUGUCUUGUACACUAUGUAUACCAUGGGAUAACGUAUCGUGAACAAGCACUUAUGCAAAUCAGAAUAGAGCCCCGAAGAGUCCUGCUCUGAUGAAAGAUGCAGAGAUUGACCCAAAUUAUUAAUAUAAAGAUGAUUCAUUUAUUUAUUCAUAUUCACUUCCAUGUCAAGGACUGUUGUGAGAACCAUUAAACUGAACAUUUCAGUUCAUUUCAUACUGAGAUAAUCUCUCUUUUCAGUGGACGAUGCGUUCAUUCAGACCAUGAAAGAAAUAUUUGGAGGAGAUGAAAACAAGAAGAACCUGGUCGAUCCCUUUUUAGAGGCCCGCUUUGCUGGCAAGAAGGUCCUCCACCAUUUCUCUCACUUUAGCUCUCAGUUUUAAAUGUCACAUUUGUGGGUACAACAGGUGUGCUGAUGUGUGUUGUUGUUGUUUCUCCAGCUGUGCACUCAGAUCAUUGAGAAAAAUGCAAACCCUGAGUGGAACCAGGUGCUGAACCUUCAAGUAAAGGUAGGCCACAGAGAAAAGGAAGUGGUUGAUAGUAAUGAGAGUAAAAGCAGAAAGAAAUUAAGUUUUUUUUAAAAACCUGUUUGUUGUAUUUUCUGUAGUUCCCUUCCAUGUGUGAGCGUGUCAAACUGACAGUCUUCGAUUGGUGAGUUAGUUUGUUCUGUAAGCUGAGAAAGUGGGCUACAACCAUUUUGUGGUGUUGUCAGCUGUGUGUGUGCGCGCGCACGUGUGUGUGUGUGUGUGUGUACUUUUGUGCUAAAGCUCCAACCACAUGAGAAUAAUGCAGUACCCUAUGAAUCAUGCACUGCAGUUCCCUCCCAUCCUCUCAGUUACAUGCCUGUUGGCACUGUCUUGCAGCUAAUUUUUCAUCUGUGUGUGUGUGUGUGUGUGUGUGUGUGUGUGUGUGUGUGUGUGUGUGUGUGUGUGUGUGUGUGUGUGUGUGUGUGUGUGUGUGUGUGUGUGUGUGUGUGUGUGUGUGUGCGCGCGCUAAAGAAUAGUCUGAUAAACCAGGUCCAGGAAAGCUGAAAGGAAAUUUGUGCAAGAGGAAAGCUUAGGAAAACUUUGUACUUGAGAGGGUGAUGAAAACAUGCUGGAGAGCUGGUGGCUGCAUUGUUCAGAGAUGUUAUUCUUCUCUGCUGAUUGCCCAAAUGAGACGAUAGCAAGAUGUGCCCCUUUUAAAAUAUCUGUUGCUUUAUAUCCAGAUCAAAAAAAAUAUUUGGUCUGAAUGGCAAAUUUAUCAAUCCGCACAACUUGUAUGGUAGUAAUUUUUUCAUAAUGCAUUAAUUUUGAAGGUAAUGAGAUCAUGAGUUUUACAUAUUUAAAGUCACAGUUGACUUCAUCGCUGACUAUAGCUGUCAGUGAAAAGGCUGAAGGCUCGCCCCAACCUCACCUGUCUGUUUCUUGCUGGGUUGGCAGACAGUAAGGUUGAAUGGCGACUGCCUUGGAGGGGCUUCAAAUUCAGAAACCAGUGUGUGACAUCACUGAGACUCAUCAAUGUAUCACACAGACUUAGGAAUCAACACAGCAUGCAAACUCCUCACAAUGCUUUUAAUCACAUCAGCUCUAAUAUAUGCAGAGUUAGUGUAAAAGUGUGUAUCUGUGUGUAUUUGCAGGGACCGUGUGACAGGGAAUGAUGCUGUUGGUACAACCUACCUGAACUUGGCCAAGAUAGCCUCAUCUGGAGGAGAGAUUGAAGGUAUUCAUAAUUUCAGAAACAAAACAUGAAAGCAGUUAAAUUUGGCAACAAACACAGUGACAUGUAAGACUUGUUUUAGUGCAUUUUGACCAGAUUUAUAAAAUUAUGCUUUAAAGUUUCAAAUCCUGAAUGAAGUCUUUUUACCUCACUUUGUGUGUGUGUGUGUUCAUGUCUAAACUGAUGUUUUGAUGUUUAAUUGUCCCUUUUCUCCCGUGAUAGAGGAACAUGCAGGAAAUGAGGAAAUGCCAUCAUUUGAAGGUUCAGCUGUGCUCUCUGUCACUAACUGUUGCAUGACAUGACAGCAUUAAGCAUGUUGUGCUUGUAAUUUGCGAAUUGUCCAUGUGUUCAUGCUAAAGAGCUGCCUCGUGCGCUGUAUUUACUCCAACAUUUAAGUGUUAACCUUUCUGUUGUUGUAGCACCUCCAGUUUGCUUACCCAGCAUUCACCGCUUUCAAAUUAAUGCGUCCAUCAUCACCGCCUCAAAUGCAGCAUCACCAAGAAACUAACAUUGAAGCUUUGCAUGGCUCUGCUUUAUCUAAUGAUGAAGAUGUAAAGUCUAUUCUAUCCCUCUACAGCGAACACAGGGCAGUCUGAGGUGGGUUUCCUGCCUGUUUUUGGGCCCUGCUAUGUCAACCUUUAUGGCAGCCCCAGAGAGUUCACCGGCCUUCCCGACCCCUAUGAAGACCUCAACUACGGCAAGGUUGUGUUAAAGGAUAUUAUCAGUCAAAAACUAUUUCAGUCCUAAUUUCCUUUUCAGUGUCUUGAACAGAUCAUGUGUGGUCUCUGCAGGGAGAAGGUGUGGCGUACAGAGGCAGGAUCCUGGUGGAGCUCUCCACUAAACUCGAGGGGAAAGCGGACAAAGCAGUGGAAAGCAUCAACAACGAUGACAUCCUGGUGGUGCAGGUUUGUAACUGUCUUGAAAUGAUGUCUGCAUUUUUAUGAUAACUGGAAGUACCUCCCUUCAGUCUACAUUGAAGUUUUUUCUUCCUCUCUAACUCGGUUUCAUUCUCUACAUAGAAGUACCAGAGGAGGAGGAAGUACUGCCUGUGUGCUGUCUUCAACAGCGCCACCAUGAUACAAGAACCAGGGGAGCCAAUCCAGUUUGAGGUCAGCAUCGGUAACUAUGGCAACAAACUGGACACCACCUGCAAACCCCUGGCCUCUACUACCCAGUUCAGCUGUGCUGUGUUUGAUGGUGAGUGAAGGGUUUCAUUCAUGCACUGAAGAUACAGUUAGGAUCUAUUUGGAGGAUUUUUAAAAGGUGCAUACAUUUCCCAGGUAACCACUACUAUUACCUGCCCUGGGCGGACACCAAGCCCGUGGUUGUGGUUACCUCAUUCUGGGAAGACAUCAGCCACCGCCUGGACUCUGUCAACAUCAUCCUUUACAUCACCCACCGCCUGGUAUUAUCACAUUAUCCCCUUUUUGUCUUCAAAAACUCAGAGGAAUUGCUUCAGUUCAAACCCCAGUUUAUGAGGGAUCUUCAGCAGCAUUAUUAAGUGUUAAAGUAAGUCACAUGUCAAAAAUGAGAGCAUAAUCCUCACCCUUGCUUUGUUUUUGUUGCAGCAAUCCGGCCUGGAGGCGUUUAAAACUGGAAUCCUGGCAAAAGUGCCUGAGAGUGAGCUGGCAGAGGUGUGGCUGAAGAUGCUCACGCAGCUGAUUGAAGACUUAGAAAGGUAAAUAGAGGAUCUGGUGUCACUAAAAAUACAAGGACAAUCCAGUUACUUGUGUGGAGAAAAAGUCUGAUGAAAACAAAGAAGUUUCAGGCACAAAAAGGUUGUGUUGAAGAACAGGUUUCUUUUUUGGGUUGAUUUCUAGAGCUUUUUGCCUUUGUUCAAGGUUCCUACAUACUUUUCCAUACCCUACUUUUUAGAAUUAUUUUUGGAAAUACCUACUUUUCUAUUUUAGAAAACAUUAUUUUUUUUACUAUGGUAAUAGUCUAGAAACCUAAAUAAUUUUCCAUAAUUUAUUUUUGAUUUACAAUACUUUUUAAAACCUGAAAAUUGAUCAUAUUACUUCCAUACUUUUCCAUACUUACUUAGGAACCCUGUUUAUGAGAUAGGACAGCUAUAGGACAGGAAAUGAGGGGAGUAGAGAGCAGGAGACAGAGAGGAACAUGCAGCUGAGGGUCAAGGCCAGAAAUCACACAAGCGAUAGCUGCAACCACAGUUGAGUUCUUGGAGGUAGAAGUAUAAACUGCUACCAUGAAGAUAUCUUAUGUAUGAUUUCAUGCUUAUUAUUUCUGUUCAGCUUCCCCAUGCCUGACCUGGAAGGCCGCUCCAACCUGACCUCUCUGGAUGUCCAAAUCAAGAAGCUGCGAGACAGCGGGUUGAACAACAUCAAGGAGGGAGCCCGACGCAUGAGACAGGAGGCUAGAGAGAUCCGAGAUACUCUGGCUGAUUUAGAGUCCUGGGCCGAGAAACUAAAAGUGCUGGCUGAGGAGGUAAGGAGUACAUCCCACACAUUUGGAGACAUCUUUAACAGCGUUUUCAGGAUUUCUCAACAAAUUUUCCCCGUCUCUGUGUCCAGCCUCAGAACAGCAUGCCUGAUGUGAUUGUAUGGAUGUUACGAGGGGAGAAGAGGGUCGCAUACAGCCGCAUCCCUGCUCACCAAAUCCUCUACUCCACAUACAGCGAGCAGGCCUGUGGUCAGCACUGUGGCAAGAUGCAGACUAUCUUUUUACAGGUACACAAAUAGAGGAGAAGUCAGGAUGUCUUUGUGUGACACCAGCUGUAUCUGACUUUUCUGCUUUUAAGAAAUACUUGUGACGGUCAUGAACAUUUUUUUUUUCUCUUUUAGUACCCCAUGGACAAGAACAAAGGCCUAAAAGUGCCAGUUCAGAUCAGAGCCAACAUGUGGCUCGGUCUGUCAGCUAACGAGAAAAAGUUCAACUCGUAUUCAGAGGGAACCUUCAGUGUUUUCGCUGAGAUGGUAAAUCACUCAAGAAAAUAAACCACUCCUCUUUGUAUUAUUAGGAUUAUUUGGACCGUAUACAAAAACAUGUUCUCAUCGUCAUCACAGUAUGAGAACCAGGCCCAGGUGUUUGGCAAUUGGGGGACCACAGGACUGGUGGGGCGCUACAAAUUCUCAGACGUCACUGGCAAAUUGAAGCUGAAGCGGGAGUACUUCUUGCCCCCCAGAGGAUGGGAGUGGGAAGAGGAAUGGUUCAUUGACCCCGAGAAAGCGUGAGUAAAAAUAAGAAUUAUUAUUCAGCAUCUUUUUCUCAUCUGAAAUGCAAAAACAUUCGACCAAGUGGCAGACUUGUGGUUAGCUCCUCUUGGUUUAGUCACAUUAGAUGAGUAGAAAAUCCAGUGCAGCUGAUUGCUUUAAUUAAGCUUGUGUGUUUGUGAUGUUUUCUCCCACUAAAAGUCCACAUUGAGUUCAGGAAGUGGGCUGUCUACCCUCAGCCGAUUACAUUCCUCUCUUGUUGCAGACUAUGAUUAUAUGACAAAGUAGCGGACUGUGCCCAUGUACUGGAAGGACAUAACUUACUACUCUCUUGUCAGUUCUGACUCCUUAUCAUUGUGCAUAAGUUUCUGUUUUUCCACCCAUCAUCAAUAGUACAGUUCUGCAGCUGGUUGAUAAUACCUUGUCUUGUUGUAUCUAUCUGCUUUAGACAGAUACACUGAUGAUUAAACUGACUAGAACAGGGAAACACUUGCAGUCUCUUCUGUAUUUAGCAGUAAAGCACAUCCUUGUAUUUCUUUUGUCCUGUUGUGAGUCACCCAUCUUCAAAUCAAAAACAGAAUAGUGUAGAAAAAGAGAAAUGGGCGGCGCGAUCUGAAUAAAAUUGUCACUGGGGUAUAACCAACUGUCGGGUUCCUCCCAGCAUGUAAACACAGUCGCUGUCAAAGCAAACCUCUCUCUCUCACGCGGCACAAACAUCAUCCAGCAAAACUUUUGGCAGGAAUUUCUGUGUCAGGGUGUCAUUUUGGAAACCGCCACUAAAGGGAGCCAAAGUUCACAUGCAGGGUCAAAAAAAAGAUUAUUACAGUGUGUUUGAUCUUCACCUACAGAUUGUUUCUGUUCAUGUUUCAGUCUGUUAACCGAGGCAGAUGCUGGACACACCGAGUUCAUGGACGAGGUGUUCCAAAAUGAGACACGCUUCCCCGGCGGGGAGUGGAAAUCUGCCUCUGAGCCGUUCACUGAUGUGGUGAGAACAGCACAAUGAUUCAUAUCCUCUUUAGAUAUCACAACCAUCAACACAAUCAGCUUUUAUGAUCGACAUCAAGUGUGGUAAAACAUUCAUGAAUAUCCCACUCUUUACUUUGUUACUCAUGGACUUUCACUUGUUACACACUAUGAUCGGGUUUUACAGUUUCAAGGUGAAGUGUUGUCAUAAAUUGUAUCCUGGUUCAAGGAAACUUGCAUAUCUAUCCAAGAGUGUGGGCUAGAAACCAGGAUACAGUUUGGAUACUUUUUCAGGUUCUUUUAAAAUUCAUCAUCAGUACAGUACAAAGUAUUAUGACAAAAAGACCCACACUGAUGUUUAGAGAGUUCCUAUGCAGCUAUCCCUAAGAAGUCUCCUCUAAAUCUCACUUUGAUUUAACGGUAGGCUUCGUACAGAGAGGAAAUGAGUGAUCUUGUGCAGUUAACUAAAAGUCUUGUCCUGCACAGAAUGGAGAGAAGAGCCGUAACCCUGGAGAGUUUGACUGCCCUCCUGGCUGGGUGUGGGAGGAUGAGUGGACUGUAGACGACAACAGAGCCGUAGAUGAUCAAGGUGCAGACCAGCAAAAUCCCUAAAAGUCAUGUUUUCAGCCUUUUGUCAGCAUUAUUAGUUAUUUCAAAAGAGUUAUUUUGUUAUUAUUAGUUAUUUUGUAUGCAUAUGAAUCAUAAAAUGUCGUUCAAUUUGUGUUUUAUUAAUUAAGGACUGUGAUUGUGAUUUUUUGUCUGUGUGUGCACCGCACAGGCUGGGAGUAUGGAGUUACCAUUCCUCCAGAUGACAAGCCCCGGUCCUGGGUCUCUGCGGAGAAAGUAUAUCACGUCCAUCGAAGGAGACGCCUGGUUAGACCUCGCAGGAGAGCGGCCGUCCCUGCAGGAGGACCUCAAGCGGUCAGCAAAGGAGAACCGAAUUAUGCAGAAAAUGACUCUGAUGUUUAACUUUUACCGUUUUUGAGUGUAGUGGUGUUCUUUUUUCCCCACAGAGGAGGGACCAAGGUGACCCUGAGGGCUGGGAGUUCUCUUCUCUGAUUGGCUGGAAAUUUCACAGGAAGGAGCGAUCAUCAGACACGUUUCGUCGAAGGCGGUGGAGACGAAAGAUGGCACCAGAGGACCGGCUGGGAGCCGCUGCUAUCUUCCAGCUAGAAGGAGCGUUAGUGAGUGAAAAAGGAAUUUGAGUUUCAUAAAUAUGAUUUGACUCAGCUUAAAUAGUCUGAGAGUAAAGUUUCUGUUACUGUGCAAGAACUUAAGUUAGGGCUGGUACAUGACCUGAACCGGAUCUGAGCUCGCUGAGUCAUGGAAUGUUUUCAAAUAUUUGCUUAUGUAUUAAACACAUCCUCAGUGGCAUGAUGUGUUUUUGUCCGUGUCAGAGUGAGUGACGUAUGAAUGAGUACAGCUCUGAGGUGUCUGCUUUGGUUUAUUCUGCAGGGUGUUGAUACUGAGGAGAGAGAGAAAGGCUCUAAAGGAGACGUCACCAAGAUGUUUGGUGCCAACACUCCCACGGUGUCCUGCUCCUUUGACAGUAUGUCAGGCAGAAAGUAACAAUGACAAAUAAACAUGAAUAUAUGAUCCUAAUAAAUGCUUUAAUGCUACUCUGCAGGGUCAUUCGUGUACCAUCUCCGUGUCUACGUCUACCAGGCACGCAAUCUUGCAUCGAUGGACAAAGACAGUUUCUCUGGUAGGACAGCAUGAGUGUAAUGUGUAAAUAAAAUGAGUCAUGAGUAUGUGUAAAUGUGAUGCUUCAAAUACCUUAUCUCAUUUAUCUGCAGAUCCAUAUGCUCACGUCUCUUUCCUGCAUGUCAGUAAGACGACAGAAAAGCUGUCAUCGACACUGAACCCGACCUGGGACCAAACUCUAAUCUUUAACAAUGUAGAGAUCUACGGAGACCCCCGGGGCGUCGCUCUACGGCCUCCUGAAGUCGUUCUGGAGUUCUAUGAUCAUGACCAAGUGGUACGUUGUUAACUUUGGGGGUGGAGAUCUUUUAGUAACCGCACUAAAGAAACAUGAACUUUCCAUACUUUCGCAAAACAACUUUUUGUAUUCUCCUCAGGGCAAAGACGAGCUGCUGGGCCGCUCAAUUUGCUCACCAAUGGUGAAGCUGAAUGCAAAGAUGGAUCAGACCCCCAAACUGCUGUGGUACCCUGUGAUCCAGAAAGGUCUGAAGGCAGGGGAGGCUCUGGUGGCUGCUGAACUCAUCCUUAAAGACAAGGUUAGCCUCGUGAUAAAAUACAGGCUACUGUGUUUAAAAUACAGCAUUGUUUUCUGGGCUUUAAGUCUUUAAAAUGUUUAAAGUUCAGUUUUUAAAAAUCAUGUAAUGUAAACUUUUAUAAUACACAGACUUUGGACUGCUAUUUUUUAUUUUUUUAACCUCUAAAUGCUCUAUUUUUAUUCAGAAGAUUCCAUAAAUAACAUAUACAAAUGAAUUAACAGAAUACUUUUGUAACCCUUCUUUCCCAUGUUUCUGCUCCAGCCAAGUCUGCCUUUAACAUUAAUUUAAUAUUGCCAACUAAAUUCAUCUGUCAAACCACAUAAAAUUAAACCACUUAAAAAACAAAUUAAGGGUGAAACACAAAACAUGGAAAGGCAUAGUGGGAGGAAUAACGCACAAUUCUAUUUUCACAUUUUAAUUCUACUCUGUUCUUCACUUUAUUAACAAGAAAUCUUCAAACUACUUUAAUCAGACUGUGAUGCUUAUCUUCACCUGAUCCCCAACACAAAAACACACAUAUACAUUCACACACACAUACUUGCUUUUUGUUCUGCUCUGCACACAGCUGCUGAACCCACCUCUUCUUUACAGUAUGUAAGUGCAUGUGAAGGAUUACUGAUAAUGACAUACUGUACAAAAAGACCAAAAUAAAUAGUUUUUAAAGAACACUUGAACUCCUUAUAAGCCUUUGAACAACAAGAGAAGACUGUAUAUCCAUCAGCAACGGAGAGUGUAAAAGAAUAAAUUUGUUAUUUUGACAGCCCAAAAAAUAAGACAAAGAAAAACACUUGUAUGCUUGAAAUAUUGAAACAAAAACAGUAGUGGCAUUUGUUUUCAAAUGUCACUUAUGCUGCGUUAAAGUUACCUCAGAAGUCAGAAAGUCCAAGCUGAAAAUGACGUCACACCCGAGUUCCCAGGGUUUCAGUUACCAAGUCUGAAAAAAGCUAAAUCGGAGGCCUGAAACAAGAUGGCUACAUCUACAAAAAUUAUUUGCAUGCUUGCCUUAUAUUCGGACAAGGCAAGUUUAAUUAAACUUAAAAAGUUUAAUGGAAUUUGAGUCAUAUGAUCUUCAAUAUCAAAUGACUGGUGAGGUUUAUAUCAUUGUGUAAUGUGUCAUAAUUGUUAUAUGAAUAACUGUGACUGUUUUUGAGUACUGCAGAUAUUGAGUGAAAAUAAUUAAGAUGGUUGGUGGUAAAAGUGCAAAUGAAACCACAGUUCAAUUUUGUUAUGUCUAUUUUUUUUUUUUUAGUCCACCGAGUCAGAUCUUCCCCUGGUUCCCCCAAAGAGAGCUGAGAAUCUCUACAUGGUCCCUCAAGGUAUCCGGCCUGUGGUGCAGCUCACUGCUAUAGAGGUAACACACCACCUUAAACUGUCCCUCUGAGCUGCUCCGCACACUGUUUCUUAACCCAUCCUUUGUGUGUGUGCAUCCCUCCUCAUCCAGAUUCUAGCUUGGGGCCUGAGGAACAUGAAGGCAUACCAGCUAGCCUCAGUGUCUUCACCCAGCCUGGUGGUGGAGUGUGGGGGUCAGAGGGUGGAGUCAGCUGUCAUCAAGAACAUGAAGAAGAGCCCCAACUUCCCCAGCUCUGUGCUCUUCAUCAAAGUGGUAAUGAGGGUUUAAAACUACCGGUGGGAUGUUGUGACUGUGAAAUAUUUUCUUUGACGUUUUUUCUCAAUCAUUUGUCAAGCUCCUUCCAAAAGAUGAGAUGUACACGCCUCCCAUCGUGCUGAAGGUGAUUGACCACCGUCCGUUUGGCAGGAAGCCUGUGGUGGGUCAGUGCACCAUCACAACUUUGGAGGAUUUCAGAUGUGACCCGUAUGUCAUCACUGCAGAGGGAGCCAUGUCGUCUAAAAGUAAGGAGGCUUUCAAAAAAGUGUGACUGUCUCUGGAUACUUUUACACAACAAACACAAAGAGACAUACGCUUCUCUCUGAUGAUUCCCUCGCACUGUUUGCAGUGGCUCUGAUGAUGGCCUCACCUUCAAAACCUGUCUCUAUUAACAUGGAAGACUCACGACCUCUGCUCGAGGCAAAGGUAAGCUCCAUCCUCCCACUUUAAAAUAGCUGACUCUUCAUGUUUUCACCUGUAACUGUUAAUUCUUGCCCCUUAAACAAAGAAGUGCAUAAUUUGAUCCAAACUUUGGGCCAAAUUUGACAGACUUCUGAUAAAUGAUUCUGGCUUACAGUUCAUGUACAGCAUGUCAGCUGCUGUCAACAAAAUGGCUUCCCCUACCUCCUACUUUGUAUGUAUGAUUCUGUAUAAUAGCUUUCUAAUUCACAACGCUGGGCACCAAUGACACCGGACGGCUGACAUCACGUAAUCCACCACGCUACAGCAAACUGGCCUCAGUGUUUUCACAAUGCCAUUAACCCAUGUCACAAAAACUGUGAUUGUUCCUAACUUUGGCACUGAUUAAAUGAGCACAUGCCUUAAACACAGGGGUGUAACAUGUAAAUGGGACCAUGCCUUUUUCAUGUUUUUUGUACAGUGUAAAGCUAACAAACUGCUUGAUGUAGCUUUGUUAAGCUAAGAGAUGUGUAGUACCAGUCUCCACAUCUCAACGUUGACCUCUGUUGUAAUUCUAAUUGAUAGAGGAUACAAAAAUAAGUUAGAAGUCAAACAAGAUAUUAAGUCAAUGAUUCAUCAAGGAGCAAUUUAUUUGAAUAUGAGGUCAAAAGAGAAAAGAUUUAAUUUGAAGAUUAUUUAUUUUAUGUUUCAUUAUUGACUAGAAGAGAAAGAGCAUUAUUUUACAGCCAAAGCUUUAAGUUGUUUAGAGGGACUUCAUUACCCAGGAUGCACCUUGAUGUAAACAGGAAGUUUAGCAGGAAGUUUAGCGAAAAAAACGUUCUGUAUUGUAUAAUAUAAAUAAGAAAGAUUCUACAACCUCCAAACUAAAGGCAGAAAAUGUAAAACUAUUUUUAAUACAACAAAAGUCUUAAUUUUUGUUGAAAUGGAUUAAGUAAUUAAAGACCUUGAUGAGAAAACUGUGCCUGAAAUAUCAAUGGUGCACUGUUAAAGACUGAAGAGUUCUUACUUAAGUCAAUAUGGGACGUAUUUUUUUGUGUUUUGUUUUUUUGGAGGCUGUGUUACCUUAACGGAGACAGUUGUGCUAAGGGGCCAAUUGAGGUCUGUGGUUGUAAAGGUGUAUAUUUAGCAAAUUCCCAUUUGUUACACCCUUGUUGACAUAAUUAUUUGUUUUUCAGUCUUAAUCAUUAUUUAAUUUAUCAAUUUAUUCCUAAUUAUUUUAAGCCUUCUGUAUGACGUGUUGUUGCAUCUCACUGCUGUGUGUGUGUUCUUUUGACAAUUUUCCUGUGUUUUUGCCACGCUGCAUCCUGUCCCAAAGAUUGCUGAAAAGGUGAGAGUGUAAAUCAGAAUACAACCACUAUUUUUCUUAAGGGUUAAACAAUAUUGUUGAAAAAUUAAAUCAUCUAUCUAAUCUUCAGGAAAAAGAGACAGUUGAUUGGUGGAGUAAAUUCUACGCGUCCACUGGAGACCAGGAGAGAUGUGGCCCUUACCUCAAAAAGGGAUACGACACCCUGAAAGUGAGGGAGCACCAGAGUUUCUGUGUUUUCACCAAGUCUUAAAAAAUAUAUCAGAGCUUCUCUCUGGAGCUUAAGAUGACCUGAGUGUGAUUGUUUUCUCAGGUGUAUAAGUGUGAGCUGGAGGAUGUACCCGAGUUUAAAGGGCUGACUGAUUUCUGCAACACCUUCAGACUGCAGAGAGGGAAAAAUGAAAACGGGGACGAAGACCCCACAGUGGUCGGGGAGUUCAAGGUAGUCUGAUAACAUUAAACACUUCAUUAGAUGCUUUCAAAUAUUGCAUUGGAGGUGUUAUUAGCAGCUGAUAUAGGCUGAUGAAAGUGAUAGCCUGGUUCUUUAAAACAGAAAAAGUUAUAUCUGAUUGGUGUGUUUUUGUACCUGCAGGGUUCAUUCAAGGUGUAUCCUCUGCCAGACGACCCAGGUGUGACUCCCCCUCCUCGACAAUUCAGGGAGCUUCCAGAAAGCAGACCACAGGAGUGUAUGGUCAGGAUCUAUGUGAUCCGUGCCAUAGACCUGCAGCCCAAAGACAAUAACGGCAGAGUAAACAUAAAUCUGUUUUCAUAUGAUACAAGAAAUAGCAGAUUGAGCUCAUGAAUAAGAAGUCUGCACUUCUGUUUCCCCUUUAAUGUUCUCUUUCUCCUGCUCAGUGUGAUCCAUACAUCAAGAUUUCUCUGGGGAGGAACACAAUUGAUGACAGAGACCAUUACUUACCCAACACCACCAACCCUGUGUUUGGAAAGUAGGCUGCCUAAAGUUGACAUAUGGAAUAAUAUAUUGUCUAAGCAUCAUUCUUACUUCCCAGAUAAACUUCCACUUUUCAACCUUUAUUUCUUUCCAGGAUGUUUGAGAUGUCAUGUUUCCUGCCUCAGGACAAAGAUCUGAAAAUCUCUGUCUACGAUCAUGAUCUCCUGAGUCGUGAUGAGAAAGUCGGCGAGACGGUGAUCGACCUGGAGAACCGCUUCCUCUCCAGAUACAACUCCUACUGUGGCCUUCCACAAACCUACUGCAUGUAGGAAAAUCAGAGCGGGGAAAUGCAUUCAAACACGAGUUUUUCAUUCAAGAGGAAAAAAGUAAGACAAGUCUCUCUUUUAAUUUGUCUGUCUUUAUCAUAGCUCUGGGAUCAACCAGUGGCGGGAUCAGCUGAAGCCGUCUGAGAUCCUGGAGAACCUGGCUCGAUUGAAGGGCCUGUCCAAACCCAGGACUGAAGACAACGGCACAUCUUUGACUUUUAAUGGCAAAGAGUACACACUGGCUCAGUUUGGUAAUGUCAAUGAUCCAAUAUGUAUCAGUGUGAAUGAGCUUGAUAACGAUGAAAAUGAAUCACAGAUCUUAGUGUUUGACUGUCCUUCAAAAUGAACUAAAACUUGUCUUGUGUAAUUUUUCUAAUACAGAGACCAACAAGGAAAUUCAUCAACAUUUGGGUCCAGCCCGAGAGCGAAUCUGUCUGCACGUGCUCAGAAAACAAGGACUCGUCCCAGAACAUGUAGAGACGAGGACUCUUUUUAGCACCUUCCAGCCCACUCUCUCUCAGGUAACAUCACAGCUCACACAUACAAGUCCACAUCCACCCUGACACCAGCAUCUUAUAAAACCAAAUCUGUGCUCACUUAGGGAAACCUUCAGAUGUGGGUGGACGUUUUCCCCAAAAACAUCGGCCCCCCCGGACCUCCCUUUGACGUCACACCUCGCAAACCUAAGAGGUAAGGGCAGAGCAGGUACACAGUAUGUUCUUUAUGACUGCUUGUAUCAGAUAUCUCUGAGUGAACACUGACUGUGAAUGUUCAGGUAUUUCCUUCGGGCUGUCAUCUGGAACACCACGGAUGUGACUUUAGAUGAGACCAGCAUCACAGGAGAGCACAUGAGUGACAUCUAUGUCAAAGGGUGAAGCUGAAUGAUCAUUUGAAUUUACCCUAAUCAACAUUGUUUUCUUGGUUUGGUAAAAUUCUGGUUUACAGAAUUCUUUGUUCUCUUGUGAUAAAACUAUAUAGUAUCAGGUCACUAUAAGAUCCAUUGAGCUAUGACUGUAGAUGCUCACACUUGUUUCUUUAUCAGUUGGAUGCCCGGUAUGGAGGAGGACAAACAGAAGACAGAUGUCCACUACAGGUCUCUGGACGGGGAUGGAAACUUCAACUGGAGGUUCAUCUUUGACUUCGACUAUCUACCUGCUGAACAACUCUGCCUUGUGUCGAAGAAGGUGAGGCCCAUCACUACCAAAGAACUUUUAUUUUAACUUUGUGUGGAUUAAAAGAAUUAAGACCCUCAAAGUUGUAAUAGUUUAAUUCAAACAUGCUUUUGUAUUAUAUUUUUCCAACAGGAGAGCUUUUGGAGUCUUGACAAAACAGAGUUCAGGACUCCCCCCAAGCUGAUCGUCCAAAUUUGGGAUAACGACAAAUUCUCAUUGGAUGAUUACCUUGGUAAAACAAUCGUAAAUCUUAUGUCCGAUGUACCUUAAAUCCAUCAUUACCUAAGCUGACUGUUAUUGUAUACUCACAGGUGCACUGGAGUUGGAUUUGCGUAACCUGGUCCCUCCUGCAAAGACCCCUGAGAAGUGCUCGCUGGAGAUGAUGGAUGACCCAGAAAUAGGAGUCCCUCAGAAGAAAGAGAACGCCAAGUCUCUGUUUGCUCAGCAGUCAGUGAGAGGCUGGUGGCCCUGUUUUAUAGAGCAGGACGGGAAUAAGGUCCUUGGGGUGAGCAUGAGGAGAAACUACACCUAAAGAAUCAGAUACUGACACUAAAGAAAAACUGGUCUGGUCAGUCCUACUGUGAUGGUUUUGGGGCAUCAUUGAUUUGUGUGCUGCAGAGACCAGAUAAAAUAUUCUGCUUUCUUUUCACAGUAAUAUAAUUUCCAUUAUAUUCAACUGGCCAUACGGUCUUGCUCAUACUGUCAACUUGUCUUGUGUUUUCAGGGCAAAGUGGAGAUGACCCUGGAGAUUGUAGGUGAAACCGACGCAGAUGAGAGACCUGCAGGAAAAGGAAGGGACGAACCUAACAUGAACCCAAAACUGGACCCUCCCAAGUAAGAACCCACACAGAAUCAGGACCCAGGAAAGGUGAAGUUUCCAGGUAACAAACUAAGCGAUGUUCUCUUUCAUUAGACGUCCAGAAACAUCGUUCUUCUGGUUCACCAACCCAUGUAAGACCAUGAAGUUCAUCGUGUGGCGAAGGUUCAGGUGCCUCUUCAUCGGACUCAUCAUCCUCACCAUAGUGAUUCUCUUCCUCGCCAUCCUGCUAUACUCUUUACCGGUAAGAGAACAAAAGUAGUUGAUGUUGAGAUCAUGUGACCCAGCUGACAGCCUGAACAUGAAGAAGUUUCAAACAGAUGUGGUACAGCUCAGAUUAAGAUUUUUAAGCUUUGUGUACUAAUCCAGUCCAGGGACAUAUACAAAGGUGUGUCACACUAAAUCUCUGCAGUGAUUUCAUUAUUGUCUCUCUUCUUUUCCAGAACUACAUCUCAAUGAAGAUAGUGAAACCACUAAAGUAACUCCACAAAGGAGGAGGAACAGAGAAACAGUAAAGGACUUUUGAAAACAUCUACAGGAUCACUAUCACCAAAACAUCUCAUAGCAUUUUUUUUUACUACCUUUAAUAUUUUAUAAGAUCACCUGAACAGGGUGGGAAGCUUGCACAUUUUCACUUCACCAAUGGGUUUUAAAAAUGACACUUUGACACAGCUAAACAUGACAGAUGUGAGUGACACAUCUGUGAUAGUUUUUAAAAUCACUGCUUUUAUCUCACAGGCACACUACACAGAAGAAAUUUAUGCAACUCUGUAUACAUUCAAAUGCAAUCCAGCAGUCUUGUGAUGAACUUUUUAUUUGGUGAACUUAUUAUUGUUCUUUUUGCAUGAAUGACAUGUGGGACUGUUUUUGACUAAAUGUUUGUUUCGUUGAAAUACAUAUUGUUGUAAGGUAUUUUUAAAAUAAUGCGCCAAAUGUAAAUAAGGUAUAAACAAAUUCCAACCUAAAGUUGCACUUAGAUUUCUGUUAUUACUGGACUGUUGAAUUGUCUUUCAGUGUAUAAGGAUUUCAUUUUAUUUUCACUUGGGUAUCCUGCAAAUUACAGUCUUGUGUUUGUUUUGUGUUCUUUUCACAGAUUUUUAAAUUAAAUAUAUUGAAACUA